UUUGGAUCGGGUCAGGUUCCUGGAUCCGAAUCUUCCUGUUGGAGGAACCGGAAAGGCCGGAACCUUUCUCCCGGCGAUGGCGGAUGUGCCUCCGCCCGGCCGGAUUAGACAUUGUGUUUCCGGUGGCGGAGAGGAUGUGCUUUGUGUCGAUUGCUGCUCAGUGAGAGUGGAGAAACCAUGCCUUACCUGCAUGGAUUCCGACGCAUCAUCUUUGAGUAUCAGCCGCUGGUUGAUGAGAUUCUCAGAGUCGCGGAGUUAGAGGAAGCCAGCAGAGAGGCCGGUCAUGGAAUUCCAGGCAGUUGCAGUGAGGGCCCUGUGGGUGGAGCGGACUCAACAGCUCUGCUGGAACUGCUGGAGAGAGAAUCCCAAUCGGCCUUCUACGAGGAAGCUGUCAGUUAUUCACUGUUCAAAGUGUCGGAGGCUGGGCUGGUCAGUGCUGCCGAGAAGCUGCUGCAGCAUGGAGCUGACCUCAACUUCGAAGAUCCUGUCACAUAUUACACAGCCUUGCAUGUGGCGGUCCUACGCAACCAGCCCGAUGUGGUGGAAUUGCUAGUUCGGCAUGGAGCAGACAUCAACAAGAGGGACCGGGUUCACAGCAGCAGCCCACUAGACUUGGCGAGUGAGGAGGUGGAACGUUUACCAUGCCUGCGAAGGCUCCUUGACCUUGGCGCUGAUAUAAACGGGAUCGACAAGACCGGAAAAUCAGCCUUGCUGCACUCACUGGCCAGCAGUGAUGGAGUGCACGUGCACAACACCGACAACAUCAAGCUGCUUCUUGAGAGGGGUGCAGAUGUGAAAGCAACCAUGAUGGAUGGCGAUAAUGUCUUCACAUUUAUCAUCUUCCUCCUGGGCGAGACCGAAGGUAGAGACCAGGAAGAGGCUGAGACCCUCAGAGACUUCUGUCUGCAGACCACCCAGCUGUUGCUGGCUCACUCUGCUAAACCUGACACCUGUCAGCCCGAGGACUCCCUCAUCUAUGCCUGCAUCAACCAGUUUGAAGUCCACCUUCCCAUCAUCAGGGUUCUCCUUGACUCUGGGGCUUCCAACCAUUGUCCUGAGCACGGCCCUAUCUGCUGGUCUGGAUUCACCCUUCUCUUUGAGAGACUGCGUGUAUUGUUAAACGGCCCAGAGUCCAUGCUUCCGCACCAAGAAGCCUUGCGACGUGCAGACAUGGCCCUGGAGCUGAUGGUGGGUAGUGUAUCUCGUCCCCAGCUCUCUCCAGGCUGGGAGAUUAAACCUACAGCCUACCCCAACUACACGGACCAAGUGAUGGCGCUCUCCAGGCCCCUGAAGCUGCUGCAGUUUUCUCCAGCCUCACUGAAGCACCUGUGCAGGGUGGACAUUCGACGACUCCUGAGGCCCGUUCCUUUGGAUGCCAAGGUGAAGUCCUUGCCUCUUCCAGACCGGUUGAAGUGGUUUCUGUUGAUGGAAAACAGCAAAGAUGAGGAAGAGGAGAUGCAGCAGUAACAGCCGAGGGCACCUUGGCAGCGAUUUGAAGACUGACCUGUGCCUGAGAUUGGAGGAACUACUUUUUUUUGACUUUUGCAUUGCGUCUGCAAUAGAUAAUCUUCAAAAUACAAUGCCAUUUGACUGCUUGAACCCAGUAUUAGGAUAAUACAGGAUCACCGACAGUCUCGUAGAUCAAAGUAGCACAAGUGUUGUUCCUUGUCCCUAGCUGUCUCUGGUGUGCUUUACUAUAGGUCUUAAGUAUAAAUGUGAUCGUGACAUCUAGAAGUGGAUGAUCACUAAGGGUUUCUAUUGACCUGGGGACCCAGUUUGGGCACUGCCCCUUUUCUCUAGUAAUGUAUUGGAAUCUUAGCUGGUCAUUAAACAUGGGCCAAAUACAAACGUAGACCGUGAAGAGGCUGUAAUUUUCUUGUUUUAUCUGGGAAGAAUCCAUGAAGAAUGAUUCCUGUCAAUCUGCCCAUUCCGCUGUCUCUCUCAUGUCCCUGCUUUUAGUUCUCAAUGAUUGUAAGCAGAUUCGAGAAGGCUGAACUUGGAUCCCUACAGUGGGCCUUGCACUCAGGGAGCUGGGUUGCGUUCCUCCUUUGCUUGAGACACCCCACCACCACCAAAGCCAGAUGAGGGAAUGUCCAAGUGAGAGGCCAGUGAUUUGAGUGGGAAUGAGGAUGGUUAUCUGGGGCCCCUCAGUGAUUGCUGCGUGACCAUGGAAAGUCGUUACUCCCACCCCAGCUACAUUUUUAAGAUGCUGAUAGACUUACCUCUGCAUUUCCAGAGACCAAACUCUGUGGGUCAGACUUUAUGUUGACUAACUUUCCUUUCUCUGCCGGGUGCAAGAGGACAAGAUGUAUGUAAGCACUGCUCAGUGUCAACAGCUCCCUGAAUGAAAACAGGAAUUGGUUUAAAUCAGUAAAUUUGUGCAUUGACAUGA